UCAAUGUACCACAGCUAUCAGUUGACAGUUGUAAUUGCGGUUUGCAAAUCCCAGCCGUUCAAGCCUUUUUCCAAUUUCAAAAAAAAAUAGCCGUUAAUACAUCCCAUAAUUCUUCCCUUCCAAAUCCACGUACAUUAAUAUCUUUCGGUUUCUCCUCGAAACCAACGGUCUCCUACUUCCUCCUCUUCCUAUUUAUACCUCUCUUCUCGCCUCUGUCCGCAAAGACCCUCGCCUCUCCUCUUCCCUAUCUCCUCUCUAUACCUAUAACUCCCAAGAUAAAAAAGACCCUGGGAGAGCACAAGUUAGCGAAGAUAACCUCAUCAAAAAUGCUAGCAGAAAAGAGAGAGAGAUCACAGGAGAACGAGAUCAAGAUUCCAGUCUUCUCUGUUCUAAAGAAGGGCAGCAUUCUAAAGCACAUCUUCCUCAAUAGCCCCGAGCCGGGAAUUGGCGAAGAAGGCAAUGUCCCGAACCAAGAAGAGGAGCCGAUACUCAUCGGCCGGCAUCCAGAUUGCCACAUCGUGCUCGACCACCCCAGCAUCAGCCGGUUCCACCUGGAGAUCCGCAUAGAGCCUGCGAAGCAGAAGAUCUCUGUGAUCGAUCGAUCUUCCGUUCAUGGGACCUGGGUAUCGGGUACAAAGAUCCAACCCCAUGUUCCUGUCGAUCUUGUCCAUGGGGACAUGCUGAGGCUCGGCGCGUCGACAAGGGUGUAUAGAUUCCAAUGGGUCCCUCUGAGUCGCGCUUCGGAGAUGGAGAAACCCAUGGAGCCUUUGCUCGAAGAGAAAGAAGAUACCUAUCAGGAGGAAAUUCCAAUGCCCUUGAAUGCUAAUUCAGAUGAUAUGUUGGCUUCAAAGAUCCAUUCGGUGAUGGAUUCCGCAAACCCCUCAUCUCUUGAUGAGUUCUCUUCUUCUUCUUUACCAUUGCAAAUGGAAAGCCAGAGCCCAGUGACAAAGGAAUUCGAUGAGGAGGAGAACUUGAGCUACUUUUUUGUUGCUCCAGUGGUGGAACAAAAUGGAGAAAAUGGAAAACUAGAUGAAUUCUCUGCUGUUGGGGUACCGUCUGAAAGAGAAAAACUAAGCCCACCGGGUUUGGAGAAGCGGGCAAUGUCAUCAAGCCUCUUGUCUAGAAGAAGCAAAUCCGUUAGCCUUCUUCGCAUUCCCAAUGGAAGGGCUAGAGAAAGAACAGGAAGCACGAGCUUUGCUGAGGAUAUGGAAGAAGAGAUCCAGAAAGAGGACAUCGAAAAACAGGGUGAGAGAGAAGGUUCACUUAGCAAGGUUCUUUUUGCUGCUAUCGAUGAGAAAGAAAUAGGAGAGACAUUUGAUUCAGAGAAGGAGAAUUCAUUGCUAAAAAUAUCAGCUGAUCAGAAGACGAAGAUGAGCAACAAGCUGCAGAAUUCACCUUCCAAUGUCAUUAUUCAUUUGAAUGCUGAAGAAGAAGUGUUCAAUUCGGAUAAAGAGAAUUGGACGCCCCAAUUUUCCAAAGAGUCAGAAUUAAAGAGAUUUGUCUCUUUGAGUUCUGUGGAGAACAAAGAACAAGAUGCAUAUGCUUCAGAUAAAGAGCAUUUAGUCUCUUUCGAUCAGAAGGAAGAGCACACAAGCUUUGAGAGGUCACCUUUAGUUGCCAUCUCGGCCUUGAAUCUGAAGGAAGACAUGCUUCAUUCUGAUAGAGAAAUGUGGACACCUGAAUCUUGUAAAGUGCAGAGAAGAAAGGAACAUAUAUUUGAGAAUCAUGUGGAUAAUGAGAAAGAAGAUACAUCAGCUUUAGACAAGGAUAAUGUGAGACCUCAGCUUUCAUUUGAUCAAGUGCUUAGGAAGAACCAGAGAGACCUGCUGGGAUCUUCUUCAAUUGACAUCUCAUCCUUGAAUGUGGAGGAAAACCAGUUUCAGUAUGACAGAGUGAAUUGGACCCCUGAAGUUUCAGGAGAUUUGAAACUAGAGCGACCAAUUUCAAAAAGUAAUGCAAGCAACCAAAGACAUGAAGAGACAUUUGCUUUAGAUAAAGAAAAUUUGACCACAGAAUUAUAUUCUAAUCAAAAGUUUAAGGGCAACCAAGAUGAGCAACAACCAUUUAUAGCGACUUCGAAUGCUGAAGCUGUGUUGCAUUCACAUAAAGAGAAUCAGACACCUGAGGUUCCCAGAGAACAAAAAAUUAAGAAGCCUAUCUUUGAGAAUUGUGGGACAAAUGCAGGAGGAGAGGACUUGGUUCUGUCAGACAAGGAGAAUCUGACCCCUGAUGUUUCAAGAGCUCAAAGAUCCAUAAAACCCGUAUCUGAAAGCCUCGCUAAGGUUGAAAGAGAAAUUAUGAGGAAAAGAGUGGAAAGGGUCCCAUUUCAGCUUCUCUUGGAUGAUAACUGUGUCAUGAAUGGCCAAAGGAUGGUAGAGAAAUGCAACAACACUUCCAUCAACUCAAUUUCAGGAAAUAAUUAUCCUGUCAACAAUACUGAGAGAGUGGAGGAUAAAAGCAAUGGUACUCUGAUCCAACCGAUGGGCCAAAUUCUUGGUAAAGUGGAAGAAAAGAAGAAAUGGAACAUUGUGGUUGAUACAAGUUGCUUCCUUAACGAAGAGUCAGAAAGAUCACUGCAGCUAUUAGAAGGCCUUAAAGGGACUCACCUCAUCAUACCCAUGAUGGUAAUAAGGGAACUGGACUGUAUGAAACGCCAUGAAAGCUGGUUUCGAAAGGAAGCAAAGGCUUCUUCAGCAUUAAAAUGGAUAGAGGAGUGCAUGGUUAAGUCAAGUUGGUGGAUUCAUGUCCAGAGCUCAUCAGAAAUGACCCCAGUGGCAUCAACACCUCCUGCUUCUCCUCAUUCAAUAUCAGCCAAAGGAAAUAAUGAAUUUGGGGCUGUUCCCUCAGGCUUGAUGGGAUUCUCCGCCUGCGGAAGUCUGAUGGAGAUCGUCUCUCCAACAGUAGAAGAUCACAUUCUUGACACUGCCCUCCUUUUCAAGAGAAUAAAAACUGAUGGACAACUUGUCCUUCUUUCAAACAACAUCACCUUAAAAAUUAAAGCCAUGGCAGAGGGACUGCUAUGCGAGACACCAAAGGAAUUCCGUGAUAGUCUUGUUAACCCAUAUUCAAAGAGGUUUUUGUGGAGGAAAAGCAGUCCAAGAGGAUCCACCUGGUCUAGCUCAGAUCAGAUUGCCUACACUGAGAAUUACUACCACCAAUUGCCAAACAUAAGAAAGGCAGCUGACAGAGAAGCAGGAUUGAAGCUUAUACUGCUCCACAAUUCUGAUUAUGCACCAACCAUUUUCUUUCAAGAACAUGCCUAAAUUUGAGUUCUUCUAGUUCCAGUUUGAGAACAUACUUUAUGUGUAUAUGCUGUUCAUAAUAGCUCCAGCUUUCAGAUGAGUUUUAUAUCACUUUUGAGAGGAAAUAAGUUCAUAUUAAUACUCUUCAAUUUCUAGCAUUGUAUAUUGAUCUGGUUAUGCCAUCAGUGAGCAUGAUCUGUGAUGUUAAAGAUAUUUCAGAGUAGACC